CUAAACAUUAAGAGGGUACGGCUGUGAAAGACACGUGUAUAUAGGCGGAGGAAAGAAAAAUCCCGAGGACAGAUAAAAUGACGAUGGUGACCAGAGGAACCCAGAGGAUCUAGGGCUUCACAUCGCUUCGAUCUCCCUCUCUCUCUCUCUCUCUCUCUCUCUCUCUCUCUCUCUCUCUCUCUUUCUCUUUAUUGCUUCGACGGAUUUAGCACGCUGACGUUUCCUCUCUGGAUUUCAUAAACUCAUCGUCUUCUCUUCUUCAAUUCCCAUCUUCCGAUAUUCAAAUGUUUUCCUGAAAAAUUAGGGUUCUCGAUGAAAACGAUGAUUGGCUCAAUCUAAAGAGUAUGCUGGCUUGAUAAAUUAUUGGGAUUUUAAAGACAAUUAGACCACUUUUCCUGGAAACAAAAGAAGAAGAAAAUUAGAUUGAUUGAAAAAGAAGUGAGUUUCUGUAACUAUGAGGGCAUUGCACAAAUCCAAAAGGGUAUCGUGGCCACCGGAUUUUAAACUUUGUCAGCAAACAUUUGGGCAUGGUGACACGCUCUCGAAUGCUGUCUUGGAGAUGAUUCGUUGUUCAGCUAAGUUGAUUUAUUGGGAGGGAGGAGGAGGAAGCUACAUGGACGAAUGUUCUAUGUUGUUUCAUGUACGUCUGUUCAUAUCAGAUGAUUCACCUUCACAAGUUAGAUCAGAAACUCAAGAUCACCUGCAAGCAAAGUCAUCAUUGGCUUCACAUCCAAGUGAUGAUAAUCUGCCACCUGGUUUCGGUGGACCUCUUUCUGCAAAUGAGUCGCAGAUUAAGUUAGCAGACAUUCCAGUAAUAAAAUGGAAAUGCUUCGUCCGGAUUCUGUUAGAUGAGGAAUGGAGAGUGGUUGCAGGGGACGAAAGCAAAGAAGUGGAGGCGCAAAAUCAGAGGGAACUAAGAGUUCUUGAAGCAUUCUAUCCGGGCGCAUCAUCUAUUCCUCCAAACCCUGCGGUUCCAGCUGAUGUUGAGAACUCAGACUGUGACGACCAGCAAACCAUUGUCAUACCCAUUCUACCUGUAGAAGACGAUGACAUGACGACGGAUCCAGCGUCUGAUUACUCAACCCAAUCUGGCGUGGAAGCGAGAGCAGAGCCAUCGGUAACUGCUGAGAACACAUCAUCCGCUUCAACACUCCCUGUGGGAUCAGAGAUAAUGGCUGCACUAUCUGCAAUCUCAAACAGCAAAGAAGAAGGCAGCAGCAUGAUCGACCAAGAUUUGCUCAUCAAAAUCCUAAGCAACCCUAAGCUGGUCGAAGAUCUUGUCGCAAGUCGUGGCGGUGCAGGCACAGUCUCCUCCAACGCAAGUACCCUACACCCAUCUUCGACGCGUCAAGCCAAUGGAGUAGUAGUAACCACAACACCUGCCUCCUCAAAUGGACAAUAUUACCCUCAGCCAUCUGUAACACAUAUUCCUCCCAAGGUGUAUCCUCCUCCAGCACCUUCAGACCAACCCAACUACGGAGCACCACCACCAGCGAGAGAUGCUAGUUAUUACAAGAGCCUGAUUCAGCAACAUGGCGGGGAAAGACAAGAGACUCCGCCAGUUCAACAACAUGUCGGCUAUCGUUAUAACGUCCAGCCUGGAGGAGGAGUUAACCCUGAGAUGGUGAAUAGCAACAAUAAUAACCAGAGGCCAAGGGAUUCAAAACCUAAGAUAAUGAAGCCUUGCAUGUACUUCAACAGCGCGAGGGGUUGUCGCCAUGGAGCUAGCUGUUUAUACCAGCACGAUGCUACAGCUUACCAGCCGAGGAAUCUGAACAAUGGAAAUAUCAACAAUCCUGAGUUGCAAAGCGCAAAAAGAAUGAGAUUUGAUAGGGACUGAAUCAGAAUACCACAUAGACUCUUGAUACUUUUGAUGGUUGUCUAAUGGUGUUAAAAAAAAAGGCAUCGGCCUAAGCCCACCAAAAUUUUAAAAGAUAAGAGGGCCACAUUUUUUUUUUUUAAUAAACCUUAUCAUGUGCUUAGUUAAUUUGAUAAAAUAUGUUUCGGUUUUAGAUGAGUGAUGAUUACUUUUUUAUA